UAGUAGUAGCUUUCGUCUCUCUCGCAGCGCAGGCGCAGGCAUCCAGCUCCAGCUCCAGCUCCUCCUGCUCCGCCCACCCAAUCCCCAGAUCCGAAUCCAACUCCGCCUCGCCAUCGCCAUCGCCUCAAAUGCCGCACUCUGGCCGGCGUACUGGGAGCUAGCUACACGACGCUUGGGUUUGGUAGGGUAGGGAGGGAUCCGAUCGAUGGCCACCCCCACUGCUAAGGACAGCCGUUUGCCGCCGCCGCCGCUGCCGCUGGCCACGCUCAUCGGCCGCGAGCUCCGCGCCGGGGGCUCCCAGCGCCCCUCCCUCCGCUACGGCCACGCCGGCUUCGCCAAGCGCGGCGAGGACUACUUCCUCGUCAAGCCCGACUGCCUCCGCGUCCCCGCCGACCCCUCCACCGCCUUCUCCGUCUUCGCUGUCUUCGACGGCCACAACGGCGUCUCGGCGGCGGUCUACAGCAAGGAGCAUUUGCUCGAGCACGUCAUGAGCGCGCUGCCGCCGGACAUCGGCCGCGACGACUGGCUGCAGGCGCUGCCGCGCGCCCUCGUCGCCGGCUUUGUCAAGGCCGACAUCGACUUCCAGCGCAAGGGGGAGGUGUCCGGGACCACGGCAACACUGGUGGUCGUCGAUGGAUUCACGGUCACGGUGGCCUCCGUCGGCGACUCGCGCUGCAUCCUGGACACGCAGGGCGGUGAGGUGCAGCUGCUCACCGUGGACCACCGGCUGGAGGAGAAUGCCGAGGAGCGGGAGCGGGUCACCGCUAGCGGUGGGGAGGUCGGCCGGCUCAACCUCUUCGGUGGACAGGAGGUUGGCCCUCUCCGGUGCUGGCCAGGUGGCCUGUGCCUUUCAAGAUCCAUUGGGGACAUGGAUGUUGGGGAGUUCAUUGUGCCGAUUCCACAUGUCAAGCAAGUUAAGCUAUCAAAUAUUGGAGGAAGGCUGAUCAUCGCAUCAGAUGGUAUAUGGGACGCAUUACCCUCUGAAGCAGCGGCGAAAGCAUGCCGUGGUUUACCAGCAGAAUUGGCCGCGAAGCUUGUGGUUAAGCAAGCUCUCAAAAAAAGUGGGCUGAAAGAUGACACCACCUGUGUGGUGGUUGAUAUCAUCCCGUCCGAUUACCGUUUGACAUCGCCGCAGUUGUCCCCAAAGAGAAACCAGAGCAAGUUCAAGUCUCUUCUUUUUGGUAGAAGGUCACACAGUUCAAUUGGAAAGCUUGGAGGCAAGUCUGCCUCUUUUGGCUCCGUGGAGGAAUUAUUUGAAGAAGGUUCUGCAAUGUUGGAAGAAAGGUUGGGUAGGAAUUUGUCCUUGAAAGCAACCUCGCCAUCUUCUCGGUGUGCUAUCUGCCAAGUGGACCAAGAAACAUUUGAAAGUUUGAUAACUGAGAAUGGAGGCAGUUACCACUCUUCCCCAUGCGCCCCCUGGGGAGGUCCAUAUCUUUGUUUGGAGUGUCGAAAAAAGAAAGACGCAAUGGAAGGUAAAAGAUCCAGCCACUCUACAGCAUGCAGGUGAAAGAGGGCAGGAUUCGUGACAAGCUUGAUGUUGAGUGUAAAAACUAAAGAUGGAAUAAUAAGUUGCUGGAUCCAAUUAUUAUUUGCUGAAACUAACUGCAUCCUCAGCCUGGUAUAAAAUAUGUCUGGCUGCUGCUAACCAGUUUAUCGUCUGCGUGCAACCCUGAUUGAUAUUUUUUCUAUAUUUCUUGAGGAAAUAGCUCACAUAACUUGGAGCUUGUAGUUUUGGAUUGUAUCCUCUUAGCGUGUAUUGUGUAGGAAUGGCAUGCCUAAUGUUGUGUGUGUAUUUUAUUAAUUUGAGCUACGAGAAGCUCUUUGUACUGGAUGAAUGCACUUUGCUGGAAUCAAAUUGUCAAGCAUAUAUACGAAUUAAU